AUGGCGACCGAGGUCAGCUCGUCGCACCACAGCUCCACCCCCGCCUGGAGCUCGCAGCUGCACACCAACCUGUCCGGUACCGCCAUCCCGACACUGCGCGGCGACCGCAAGCCCAUGGCGUCGACAUCCACCUCUGCCGCGGCGAGCCGCUCGUCCGCGCCGCCUCCUCGGGUCGCCUUCCUCGGCCCGCUCGGCACCUACUCCCACCAGGCCACGACCGACUUCUUCGGCGAGUGCGACUUGGUCCCGCAGCCUCGAAUCGCCGACGUCUUCACGGCCGUCUCGGCGGGCGAAACCUCGUUCGGCGUCGUGCCCAUCGAGAACUCGUCGUUCGGCGCCGUCGUCGAGACGAUGGACCAGCUGCGCGCGACCGAGCUGUCGGUGCGGGGCAUGACGGCGCUGCGGAUCGGGCAUGCGCUGCUGGCGAGCAAGACGGCCGACAAGGGCAAGGCCAAGAGGGUGUACAGUCAUGAGCAGGGUAUCGGUCAGUGUCGCGGCUACCUCGCCGAGCGGCAUCCAGACGUCGCCAUCGUCCCCGUCAACUCGACGGCGCAGGCGGCACGAGAAGCAGCCGACGACCUCGAAGGGCUCGCCAUCUGCUCGCUCAAGUGCGCCGAGGUGUACGACCUCGCAGUCGUCGACACGGACAUCCAGGACGCAGGAGCAUCCAACACGACUCGGUUCAUCAUGCCGCCCGCCGCCUCGACCUCGGCCGCGCAGCCCCCAGGCUUCCGCACCUCUCGCCCACGCCGCUCCGCAGCCGCCGUCGCGACGCGCGCCAACCUCCUCCUCGCCAACUCUGUCCCUCCUCCUCCGCACCUCGGCACGCCCACCGGCAAGGGCAAGGGCAAGGGCAAGGCGCGCGCGCGGGAGAGCUACGACGACCAGAGCUACGACGACGAGGACUAUGCGCCGAGGGCUGGGCAGGUGCAGCGGCGCGGGCGGGCGGCCGCCGGCCGGCCCGACGGGCGCAAGAAGCGGGCGCGCGAGGAGGGGAACGAGGGCGGCACGGACGGCGGCGAGGGCGUUGAGGCGGGGCGCAAGAGGGCGCGCAAGGGCGACGGGCCGGCGGCGGGCGAGGCGCGCGCCCAGGAGGACGACGACGAGGCCGACGAGGCGGCGAUGGACGCGGCGCUCGAGCGCAUGGACGCCAAGCGCGCGCGCAAAAAGGCGCGCAAGGACGAGAAGCGCGCCGAGCAGCUCGCGCAGGCGAGGGCGCGCGAGGCGCUCGAGGACGAGGAGGCGGCCGCGUCCCAGUCGCCGCUCUCGCUCUCGGUCCCGCUCGCGAGCCGGGCUCGCGCGAGGGCCGCCACCAAGCGCGUCCAGUUCGCCGGCGUCGCCGCGAGCGCCGGGUCGGACAGCGAGGCCGGCGGCGAGUGGGACGAGCGCGCGCUCGACGGCGCCGCCGACGAGGGCGGCUUUGCCCAGCUCGGCCUCGACGACCUCGACCUCGACUUCGACCUCGCCGACCCGAUGCUCAUCCCUUCGGCCGAGCGCAGGCGCGGCAAGCGCUUCUGGCGCGCGCUCGAGCACGGCGUGUACUGCUCGGCGCUGCACGACGUCGCGCAGGGCGAGACGCACCUCGGGCGCGCGCUCGUCCAGUGGGACGGCCUGCGGCGCGUGCGCGAGACCGAGGAGCGUGACGAGAAGGCUCGUGUCGACGCCGCUCGAGGCGACGAGGAGCACGGCGCGGCGCCCAAGUCGUCCAAGACGGCCCGUCAGCGCCUCACCGGCAUGCGCAGCCACGACCCGCGCCGAUCGGUCCUCCCGAUGCACAUGGGCCUCGCCGAGGACGACGCCGACGCCGAGUCGACGCGCCUGCGCCGCAAGUUCGACGACGAGGGCCACGAGCUCCUCCCCCUCCCGACCUCGCUCGCGCUCGCCCGCAUGGCCCGCUGGCCGCAGCACCCGUCCUCCCUUCCCGACGCCCGCCUCUCGUCGCCGCUCAGCCUCGAGGACGCGCUCCUCGCGAGCUACGAGCGGGCACAGCGGGCGACGCAGGGCGGGCCGUCGUUGCCUGAGCCGCCGACAUCGAGCGCCCGGAGCGCCUACGCCGACGACGGGCCUCUCGCCUCCCUCGACGAUGGUUCCUUACCCUCCUCCGACCUCGGCGACGACGCGCCGCCCCAGCACGACCCUCUUUCCGACGUUCCCGACCCGCUCGAGUGGUCCUCCGCCCCUCCCCAGCUCGCCGCCCUCCCCUCGCUCCUCUCGUCCCUCCUCGUGCGCCUCACCGACUGCGUCCCCAAGGCGCCACUCCCGGCGACGGACCUGCGCUCGGCGUGGGCGCGCGCAGAGGAGAUGGCGCGCGACGACCGGCGGCGAGGGCUCGACCGCGACGAGCCGAAGGUCGGGUGGGAGGAGGUCGUGGCGGUUGCGAGGACAGGAGGCGUCAAGGCCAGCAUCGUCGACACGCUCGAGGCGCAGCUCGUCGCCCUCUUUGGCCCGUCGUCUCGUCCUCCCGUCGUCCUCCCGCCCGAGGGCAACCCGGCCAUCCUGCGCCUCAAGACCCGCAAGCCGACCCUCGUGCGCACCAAGCCCAAGAAGCGCUCGGCGGUCCAUGCGCUCAAGCGUGCGAGUGCGUCGGCGAGUCGGCGAGGCGCGAGUGCCGAGGGGGCCAGGACGCGCGAGCGCGGCUCGACGGUCGACGAGGAGGAGGAGGAGGAGGAGGAGCGCGAGUCGGGGACGGACUGAGCGCAUGUGCUCGCUUGCACGUUUGCCGCUCGCCGGCUCGAGCCUGCAACGUUGACGAGCUGUUGCGCCCUCG